ACUACGAUAAACUUUUAUAUAUAGAAAAACAAAGAAAAAACUAACUUUACUACUACUACUACUACUACUACUACUACUACGACCACAAAAAUGACAACAAUGCAAGAACUACUACCACAAAGCACUCCAAUGACCACCACCACCACCACCACCACUACCACCACCAUUCGUACAGCCACAGACAAGAUGACCACUCCACCACCACAGACACGAAGACAGAUGAGGAGAUGGAUAGAGUGACGGGCAUUAUAAGUGACAUUACAAGGACUAUCAAUGAGUCACAGUACUGGGGUGAGCUUAACGUGAGCGAGGGAGAGAACAGCAGUGUCUUGGUGGAAAGGAGUGAAGUGCCCCUAGAGAUGAGGUUUAACACGUCCCACAUCAUCACGAUCACUGCCUACACGUGCCUCUUUGUCUUCUCAGCGCUGGGAAAUAUCUCUGUGUUGAAGAGCAUUGCUGGGCACAGAUGGCGUACAUCCACCUCCAGGGUCACACUUAUGAUCCUCCACCUUACAAUAGCUGACCUUCUGGUGACCUUUCUCCUCAUGCCCUUGGAGAUUGGAUGGGCCUGGACAGUGUCUUGGGAGGCUGGGGACAUUGCCUGCCGUGUCCUCGCCUUCUUCAGAACCUUCGGCGUGUUUCUAAGCGGGUUUCUCCUUAUCGUCAUCAGCGUGGAUAGGUACCACGCAGUUCUUCGGCCCCUGACAGUGACGGAGGCCAAGAGGCGGGUCAGGCUGAUGCUCUGGGUGGCCUGGACUGCCUCUGGGGUCUGCUCCCUUCCCCAGGCUAUCAUCUUCCACGUAGAGACACACCCUCAACACUCGUGGUUCAGCCAGUGCGUCACGUUUAACAGCUUCGCCACCCCGGCUCACGAACUUCUCUAUAACGUGUCUGGGUUUAUCUUCAUGUAUGCUUUGCCACUUGCCACUAUCAUCUUCUGCUACGGCUCCAUCGUCAUUGCCCUCUACAGAAAAGACCUGACGUCGAUGGAGGAGUGUGGAGAUGGAAGCGGAAGAGGAGGAGGAGGAGGAGGAGGAGGAGGAGGAGGUGGAGGAGGAGGAGGAGGUGGAGGAGGUGGAGGGACCCUUGGAAGAGCAAAGACACGGACCCUCACUAUGACUCUUACUAUAGUCACCGUGUUUUUCUUAUGUUGGACACCAUACAACGUCAUGAGUCUAUGGUACUUCAUAGACAGAAACAGCGCACAGACAGUCGAUCCACGCAUACAGGCAGCUCUGUUUAUCUUCGCUGUUGCCAAUUCCACAGUGAACCCUUUGGUCUACGGUUACUUCAACGUCAGAAGGACUGGUAGAAGUUCCUCUCUGCGCCGCCAGGAGUGGAGAAUGAAGAGAGUGGUGUAUAAGCCCCCCUUCCGCCGCCACCUACCGGACUGUAUCUGCAACACGACGCAGACGUCCUCUAGUGAUCUCCACCACCACCACCUUCACCACCUCCACCACCACCACUACCUCAACCACCUCCACCACCACAAGGACCCACUACGACCCCGCUACAUCCUCCCUAACCCCUACCGUGACUCUGGCGGCCUGGAGUAAAGGAGGAGGAGGAGGAGGAGGAGGAGGAGGAGGAGGAGGAGGAGGAGGAGGAGGAGGAUUUUCGAGGCAAGAUAUUACAGCUUCUUAACUUGGUCAUUAAAUGUUCUGCAAGUUUUUGUGGUGUGUGUGUGUGUGUGUGUGUGUGUGUGUGUGUGUGUGUGUGUGUGUGUGUGUGUGUGUGUGUGUGUGUGUGUGUGAU